AUGGCUUUGGACAGUAAACAGCAGAAGAAAAGUUUAUUUCAUAGCUCUAUGAUAAUAGAAGACAACGGGAUGAGGAACGGCAGGGGGCUCCAGGAUCAGUGGGCUGACACUGUAGCUGUGAGACCCAGGACCACUGAGAGGCAGAUCACUGUGCACAGGAAGCUGGUGCUGGGCUUUGCCAUAUCUAUUUUGGCUUUAAUUGUUGUGACUAUCGUUGCAGUGUUGCUGAGUAUUAGGUAUGAGGAAUGUACUGAUGGCUCUAGCAAGCCAAUUAACAGUAGCAUCUUGGAUGCAGCUAGAUUGAAUCAAAACCUGGAGACAGGUAAGAAUGCAGGGCAUGAUACUAAUCAUUUAGCUGUGAAGGAUGUAGAAGAGGACUGGAAACCUUGGACUUACCUGAGGUUACCUACUCACCUGAAACCUCUGCACUAUAACUUAAUGAUAACAGCUUUUAUGGACAACUUUACUUUCUCUGGGGAAGUCAAUGUGGAGAUUGAAUGCUUGAAUUCAAGCAAGUAUAUAGUUGUGCAUGCUCACAGGUUGACUGUGGAGAAGGUACAAGUGGCUGAAGAUAAAGUGGCUGGGGAAGUACAAGUUGCCAAUUAUUUUGCAUAUCCAUCCAAUCAAGUUUUGGUGGUGGUUUUAAACAGAACCUUGGAGGCUCAGAAAAGUUACAACCUGAAGAUAAUUUACAGUGCCAUCAUAGAGAAUGAACUACUUGGCUUCUUUCGAAGCUCCUAUGUUUUACAUGGAGAGAGAAGAACCCUUGGAGUUACCCAAUUUUCUCCUAUUCAUGCCAGAAAAGCCUUUCCUUGCUUUGAUGAGCCAAUCUACAAAGCCACAUUCAAAAUAAGCAUCAGACAUCAGACUUCUUAUAUAUCCUUGUCAAAUAUGCCAGUGGAGACUUCUGUGUUUGAAGAAGGUGGAUGGGUUACAGAUCAUUUUUCACAAACUCCUUUAAUGUCUACGUAUUAUCUUGCAUGGGCUGUGUGCAACUUUACCUAUCGUGAAGUGAUCACAAAGAAUGGUGUUCUAGUAAGAUUAUAUGCAAGACCUGAUGCAAUCAGAAGAGGAUCUGGGGAUUAUGCCCUUAAUAUCACAAAAAGGCUCUUGGAGUUUUAUGAAGAAUAUUUUAAAGUUCCAUAUUCCCUACCAAAAUUAGAUUUAUUAGCUGUGCCUAAGCAUCCAUAUGCUGCAAUGGAAAACUGGGGUUUAAGUGUCUUUGUGGAACAACGAAUACUCCUUGAUGCAAGCAUCUCUUCAAUUUCAUACUUGCUUGAUGUCACAAUGGUCAUUGUACAUGAAAUUUGCCAUCAGUGGUUUGGAGAUUUGGUAACACCAGUGUGGUGGGAAGAUGUAUGGUUGAAAGAAGGUCUUGCACAUUAUUUUGAAUUUAUUGGUACAGACUAUCUCUAUCCAGGAUGGAAUAUGGAAAAGCAAAGGUUUCUAACUGAUGUCUUACAUGAAGUGAUGCUUCUUGAUGGAUUGGCAAGUUCACAUCCAGUUUCUCAAGAGGUCCAGAAGGCAACAGAUAUUGAUCGGGUAUUUGAUUGGAUUGCAUAUAAAAAGGGAGCAGCCUUAAUCCGUAUGUUAGCUAAUUUUAUGGGCCAUAAAGUAUUUCAGAAAGGAUUACAAGAUUACUUAACAGCUCAUAAGUAUGGUAAUGCUGCAAGAAAUGAUCUCUGGAAUACACUUUCAAAGGUUCUAAAGAAUGAAGGGAAAUUUGUCAACAUUCAAGAAGUAAUGGACCAAUGGACGCUUCAGAUGGGAUACCCUGUAAUAACUAUCAUAAGAAAUGACACCAUAGAUGAUUACAUAUCUAUUACUCAGGAUCGUUUUUUAUAUAAUAUAGAUGCCAUUAUCAAAGAUCCAGAAAUCAAAAAUAAUAGCUACCUUUGGCAGAUUCCAUUAACGAUUGCAGUAGGAAAUACAAGCCAUAUCUCUCCCCAGGCAAUUAUAUGGGUGUCCAACAAAUCAGAAUAUCACCGAAUUCCCAGCCUGGAUGAAAGUAAUUGGGUUUUGGGGAACAUCGAUCAAAUCGGAUACUUCAGGGUUAACUAUGAUAUCAAGAACUGGAGAUUACUGAUUGACCAGUUAAUGAGGAAAUCUGAGGUUAUUUCUGUCAGUAAUCGAGCAGGACUGAUCGAUGAUGCAUUCAAUUUGGCAAGAGCAGGAUAUCUGACUCAAAAUAUUCCUCUGGAGAUUAUAAGAUACCUUUCAGAAGAGAAGGAUUUUCUUCCCUGGCAUGCAGCAAGCCGAGCUCUUUAUCCUCUAGACAAAUUGCUGGACCGAGCAGAGGACUACAGUAUAUUCAGUGAAUACGUAUUAAAGCAAGUUGCAACAAUGUAUUUCCGUCUUGGAUGGCCAUCAAAUGGACAGAAUGGAUCAAUAGUUCAGACAUCCUACCAGAAUGAAGAGCUUAGAAGAGAAGUUAUAAUGCUUGCUUGCAGCUUUGGAAAUAAGCAGUGUCACCAGAAAGCGGCAACAAUGAUCUCAGAUUGGAUUUCAAGCAACAGAAAUAGAAUUCCACCCAAUGUUCGAGACAUUGUAUAUUGCACUGGUGUGUCACUAAUGGAUGAAGAUGUAUGGGAAUUCAUUUGGAUGAAAUUUCAUUCUUCAACAGCAGUGUCUGAAAAGAAAAUAUUAUUGGAAGCACUGACCUGUAGUGAUAAUAGAAAUCUACUAAAUAGGCUACUUAAUUUGUCCCUGAAUUCGGAAGUGGUCCUGGAUCAAGAUGCAAUUGACGUUAUUAUACAUGUAGCAAGAAACCCACAUGGAAGAGAUUUAGCAUGGAAAUUCUUCAGGGAUAAAUGGAAAAUUUUAAAUGCCAGGUAUGGAGAAGCAUUGUUCAUGAAUUCCAAACUUAUUAGUGGAGUUACAGAAUUUCUUAAUACUGAAGAAGAACUCAAUGAGCUUAAAGAUUUUAUAGAGCUGCAUAAAGGUGGAUCAGCUAUGGCUCCUCUAUUCCGAGCAGUGGAAACCGUAGAAGCCAACGUACGAUGGCAAUUGCUAUACAGGGAAGAACUAUUUCAAUGGCUACGAAAAACUCUAAAAAACUAAAAGUGAUCAUAUUCAUUAACUUACCUGGAGUCACUUUUAAUGGAAGAGACCAGAAUGCAUGCUGUAAAAUUAUUACAAAGCAGCAAAGAAGGGGCAGAGUGCGCCUUUAUCUAUUUUUGCACUUGGUUCUUUUUCAAAUUGAAGAAACUUUUUCAAGAAAAGUCACUAUGACUGUGAAAUCCAGUCUUCGCUCAAUGAAGAAAAAAAUCCUUAUAUAACUAACGCAUGUUUAUGUUAGUGUAUAUUUUUUAAACUAUAUUUUGUGCAUGAUUGUAUAGUCUGCCUGUAUAUUCCAGCAUGCUUACUUUUAAUGUCCAGGUUUUGUAUUUGAUCUGCUGUUACAUAAAGAGUGGGCAUUAUGCAAAAGCACAAUGAAUAUAUUUAGAUAUAUAUGACAAUCAGUGCAGUAAAUAUGUUUAAAAUGAUUGAUACAACAUUCAAGAUAAAAUGAAAAGUAGAAACUCAAAAGAGCAUAACUUUAAUUGUAAAUGAUGCAUAUGGAAUGUCCACUAGUUGUUGGUAUUUCUAUUAAACAGCAACAAAUAUUUUGAGAGGUAAACAAUGUAAUAUAAUCAUGCAUAUUAAAUUGAUUUCUAUUGUUUUUCUACUAUGGCUUUGUU